CCUUCUAUGGCAUCCAUGAACAUGUCAUAUUUGGACCCCGAUGUUGUUGUCUUGAUUGGAAUUCCUGGACUUGAACAUGUGCAGUUCUGGAUUGGGUUUCCUUUCUUUGCUGUAUGUCUGGUGGCUCUUCUGGGAAACAUCACUUUACUGAUCAUCAUCCCUACAGAACGCAGCCUGCACCAGCCCAUGUACAUCUUCCUGGCUGUCCUGGCCGCCACUGAUGUAGGACUCUGUGCAGCCAUUGCUCCCAAGAUGCUGGCUAUCUUCUGGUUCAGAUCUUACUCCAUGACCUUUGACAACUGCUUAGUGCAAUUAUUCUUCAUUCACACCUUACAGUGCAUGGAGUCUGGCAUCCUGUUGGCCAUGGCCUUUGACCGUUACAUUGCCAUCUGUGACCCUUUGAGGCACACAUCCAUCCUCACACCUUCCAUCCUAGGUCACAUGAUGGGAGGGGUGGCCAUCCGGGCUAUAGUGCUGGUUGGUCUGCUACCCAUUCUAAUCAAGAGAUUGCACCAUUUCCAUUCCGUCAUCAUUGCCCACUCUUACUGCGAGCACAUGGCUGUGGUCAAGCUAGCUGCAGAAGACAUCAGAGUCAAUAAAGCCUGUGGACUUUUUGUAGGUUUUACAAUUCUGGGCUUUGACAUGGUCUUCAUCCUCAUAUCCUACAGCCUUAUUUUCAGGGCUGUUUUCCUUCUACCACAGAAGGAGGCACGGCUCAAAGCAUUCAAUACGUGUACAGCACAUAUUUUUGUUUUCCUUGAGUUUUAUAUUCUUGCCUUCUUCUCCUUCUUUAGCCACCGUUUUGGACAUGUUGUCCCCUCUACCCACAUCCUUCUGUCUACCAUCUACCUCCUUGUGCCACCUGCACUCAACCCCAUUGUCUACGGGGUAAAAAACAAGGUGAUUCGUGAACGUGUGGCAGGGAUUUUUCUUCUGAAUCGUACGUCCUAA